AUGGGUGGGUUGAGUAGCGUUGGUGUUCUAUGGGCUAUAUUAUCAUCCCUUGCAUCCUUCUUCAUAAUAGGUGGAGUGUUAACUCCCGAAUGGCUGAUAGGUCAAAUCUCCGCCAAAGAUAUUACCUUACGCGCAUAUUUUGGUUCAUACAAGCGAUGUAACUAUCCUGUAAUCGACAAAAAUUCUAACACAAUUGCUCUUGCUGCAGCUUGUGGUAGAUAUGAGUCUUUUGCAGCAAUACCGUCUCAGUACUGGCAGUUAUCCACAUUAAGCUCUGCGCUUGGCGCCUCACUUUCUCUUCUGCUAUCUCUCCUCCUGAUACCUUCAAUCUGUUUCAAUGAUAUUGUCAACAAAUCAACAGCGUCGGUGCUUGGAUUCUUUCAAAUUCUUGCAGCUGUUUUCAUAGCAAUUUCUCUGGUUCUCUAUCCGCUAGGUUGGAAUAAUGCUGAAGUGAAAGACGCCUGUGGGGAAUACGCCGGCCAGUUCAACUUAGGUCAUUGUCAAUUAGGAAGAUCUUUUAAAAAAUCUUUGCAAAACGUAAUUCUUGAUCCAGUUGCUGUACAGGUUCCUCAAUUUAACAAAACACUAUUCGACAGAAACUCUUCUAAAAACGACGAAGGCUAUUCUAGCCCCGUACUAGGUGAAUCAAACGUAGGAUCGUCUAGCAUUCCCAAAGAAGUUUAUAUCCACACUCAAGAAAUGGGAGACAACACUUCGCCCAAGAAGUUUCAGGUAUACAAAGUCGUUUUGACCGGAGGUCCAUGUGGAGGAAAAACAACUGGAAUGGACCGCUUGUUUUCUUUCUUCGAAAACAUGGGGUGGAAAGUUUUCACAGUGCCUGAAACAGCAACUAUACUUUUGGGUUCUAAAGUUAAGUUUUCCGAACUUAACGAGAACCAGGCUUUUGUUUUCCAAAAAGAUUUGUUGAAAACUAUGUUACAGAUUGAAGAUACCAUUUUCAACCAAGCACAUUUAGUUAAGAAUAGGAAUGUACUAGUUUUAUGUGAUAGAGGAGCAAUGGAUCCUUCUGCCUACAUGUCUAAAAAAGAAUGGGAUAAAGUCCUGGCAGAUCUGGAGAUUGCUGAAUUUGAUUUAAUCAACAAUCGCUAUAAUCAGGUUAUUCAUAUGGUUACAGCUGCAGAUGGCGCCCCUCAAUAUUAUUCUGUCGCAAAUAAUACUUCUCGGUCAGAAGGUUUAAUAGAAGCUAGGACGCAAGAUGAGAAAACGAGAAGAGUAUGGUUAGGUCAUCCGUAUUACGAUAUCGUUGAUAAUACUGAGUGCUCUAAGUUUGAAGACAAAGUGCUCAAAGCAAUACAGGUGGUUUGUGAUAGAACUGGGGUUGAUUCACAUGAUCGCUUGAGUAAAAACAGCAGAAAACGGAAAUGGCUUGUGGGUAGCAUUAACGAAAGCGAUUUUGUCAAAUAUGAAGAAUACGUUAUAAGACAUGAUUAUCUCCUAGCAGACACCCCAACCAUUCAAGUUCGUAUCCGCUCACGCACUCAGAUAAAUCGUGGCAAUAGCUAUUCGCUUACCACUCGAGUAUUUCAUGGUGAUACAAAAGAGUGCAUCGAAACAAGGAUGCCCAUCAAUUUUCGAGAGUAUACGAGGUAUUUAGGAAUGGCUGAUAAGAGUAGAGCGGCUCUUUACAAAAAAAGGCGUAUUUUUAUGGUGGGAAACCAGUAUUUCAAUCUUGAUAUCUACACUGAGCCAUUACCUCCAGCAGCAGAAAAAAAGCAUCUAAUGUUUUUAGAAACAUAUACGACUCAACCUAAAGGAAGUAAUCUACCGGCUUUACCCAAGUUUUUGCAGAUCAUAAAAGAAGUAACUGGAGAUUCGUCGUACAGUAUGUACUCUUUAGCAAAACUGCCUGGAGUUCAAUGUGAAAGAGACGAGUUCAUUGGAGCAUCAUCGUACAAGGAUGAUUGA